CACCACGGUAUUAAAACACCGUGCGUGUGUGCGAGUUACUUGAAUUGUGCCGUGGCCAACAGGUGCACGUCAUCCGUCCACCUUGCUGCUGGAUUAUGCACGCAGAGCGCACGUCGCCGCUUUGCACAGGGCUUCCUCGUCUGCACUUUGUACGCGCGCAUGUGUUCGCGUCCUGAUCGCUCCCAAAAAUAAACAAGAAAUGCCUUUUCCGCCGAUCAGCCUCCACCAGCGGAUCUCGUCUCCCGGCAGGGAACUGUUCGGGAAGAAGAAAGCCACCGGAGUGCCUCCUCCACAGAUUGAGCUCACCGGGCGAUCCGGGGCGGAAAAGGGGGAGUCCGACAAGGAGAAGCCGUCCACAUCCUGGCCGUCGGCGAAUUUAAGAAAUCUGGGGCGCAAAGCUCCUCAAGCGCGAAGUAAAAGCUCCGCUCAGAAGCCGUGUGCUGCUGCUGCUCAGGACCAGACUAACACCUCUUGGCUGGCUGUGCCAAAACCUCAGGACUCAUCCGACGGAGUCAGACGCUCCGAGUCCGCGGAAUCCAACAGACAGACCGCGCGCAAAGAAGACGCCAAGAAAGAGAAAGAGGUUCAGUUCACCCUCAGCCUCACCCCUGAAGCCAUUCUCGUCAUCCAGAAACGCAAUCUAGAAAAGCAGAUGAUGGCGAAACAACAGAAGUGCUGCGCAUCGGCGGAGUUUCGGCACAGGCGCGUCUUCCCGUCCAAAAAGGCGCACGGAGGCGCCAAGAACUGCGCGUCGGCUGCCAAAACCGAGAGCGCGGAGCAGGACAUCACCGCCAUCGUGAAGAUCUCUUUGCUGAACGAUCAGUACAAGUACGACGACGUGGAAUACGAAGAGGAGGACGGGGACGUGGAUGAGACUGUCGUGAGGAAAUGCAAAGAGUGGUUGAGAGGGGUGGAAAGCGCCGCCGCUUUGGGAAAGUCCUCCAACUUUUUGCACUCCCGCACUUUAAAGGCUGCUGAUGCCUGAUGUUUGAACUCGAUGUGAAGCCACGAUGAACUGGUGAAAGCGUGCACUGGCAUUAGUAAUAACAUAUUGACAGUGAAGAGGCAAAGAUCACCCGCUGUCUCACUUUCGGAGAUAUUCUUCAAAUAAAUGCAUUGUUAAACAGAUUAAAGGAAAAAUGACACAAUCUAUCGAAGUAAUUCUCAUUUCGCAGAGAUGUUUUUUGUGCCGAUUGUGUGUUCUAUUCACUACCUUUAAUAUUUUUGUCCUUUGCACAUGGUUUUGUUUUCAGCGGUGCGUUUGCAGGACUGGCUGAGGAUUUGCGUAAAAGGACGCACGGAGUCUGUUCCUUUGUGUGGGAGAACAAUAAGCUGUCAGGGCUUCAGCAGGCACCUGCUGGUCCCAACCAAUCUGGACCAUUUCUCUAAAGAGGGUUGGGUUUCUUUAUCAGGAUUUAUCACUGAUGUACAGUAUUUAAUAUUUGCUAAACAUUUCUAAACGUUUUCAGCAGAAUUUUAUGGCAUUUUUUGAAGUAAAAUGGUUUGAAUUAC